AUGGACGGGACGAUGGCGACGACGGUGGGAAUAAAUCAGGCAACCAGCGGUGGCGGUAUCCCACUGCCCGAUGCCGUCCUCGACAAGCUGUACCAGAGCUACGCACUCAAGCAGAAGCGAGUCGCGUUCCUUUGCUAUCUGAUCGCCUCGAUCCUUUACGACUGUUGGGCCAUCGCCGUGCCGCAGGGACAGAGUGUGGAAUGCACAGCCGUUACCUGUGUGUUUCUCUUCAUCAACGUCUUCCUGGCGGUGGUGUUACGCUUCUUCGGGCGGAGCCGAUUCCGUGGCAUCAUCUGGGAAAUCGCCCCACAUUUAGCGUGGCUGCUCGCCAUUAUGCAGCUCUUCCUGCAGCUCUUUCUCAAAGGCUCAGUAACACCACGAGAUUCACUCGGAUGGGCCGUGUUGCUUAAUUUUUUAGUAUACGUAACCCUACCAGUGCUCCUCAAGUACACCGGCCUCCUGCUCGGGCUCGGUUCGUUCGCAACCUACGUUAAUGCCAUUAUUGGGCUCGCCAAGAAGGAGAACUAUUUUUGGGAGCAGCAAGUGGCAAACAUACUGCUGCUCGUGGCCGCCACCCUCAUUGGGUUGCUAUGCUACUUCCUGGCCGAGGCGAAACAACGACGAGCUUUUCUCGAAGCAAAGCAAGGCCUAGAAGUGAAGAUGCUGAUCGAGGAGCAGUCAGCCGAGCAGGAACGGUUGCUGCUAUCCGUGCUGCCCGAACACGUCGCGGUGAAGAUGCGACAGGAUCUCGGUUCCACCAACUCGGAGCAGUUUAAGAAGAUCUACAUGAGUCGCCACGAAAACGUCAGCAUUCUGUAUGCAGAUAUCGUCGGCUUCACGGCCAUCUCGUCCACCUAUUCGGCACAGGACCUGGUGAAGAUCCUCAACGAGCUUUUUGCUCGCUUCGACCGCCUGGCCGAGAAAUAUCAACAGUUGAGGAUAAAAAUUCUCGGCGACUGCUACUACUGCAUCAGUGGGGCUCCCGUUGAGAGACCGGAUCAUGCCGUUCUCUGCGUGCACAUGGGUCUGUCCAUGGUGAAAGCGAUCAAGUACGUCCAGCAGAAGACCAACUCACCCGUGGAUAUGCGCGUCGGCAUACACACCGGAGCCGUCCUGGCCGGGAUCCUGGGCCAGCGGCAGUGGCAGUUCGACGUCUACUCCAAGGACGUCGAGCUGGCGAACAAGAUGGAAUCGAGCGGAAAAGCCGGGCGCGUCCAUCUGUCGGAGAAAACGCUCAGCUUUCUGAACGGCGAGUUCGAGGUGGAGCCGGCGUUCGGCGAGAAACGCGAGGAAGCCCUCCGAAUUGCGGGCCUGAAGACGUACUUCAUCUCCAAAGUGCUGAAGCCGUUCUGCCCGUCGGAGCACAAAAAUGGCUCAGCCGACCCGAAGGACGUGGUCAUCGAGGCAGACGGGCCCUCGGAGACCUUCCGAGACGAGGAUGAAUCGAAGGCGGCACAUGGAGCUAGCGGCGACGAGCCAUCGACACCAGCGACAGAGGACAAGACAGAUGCGCUUGAGGACGAGCAGGCGUCCGAGGACUACAAGAUGCGCCUCCGCAAGGAGCUUGUCAGCCGAGACGGGCACAGCGAAAUCAGUAAGGAUACGAACUGGUUCCUCACGUUCAACGACAAGACACACGAAACGGCCUACACCGAGUACCGCGAGCCGCACAGUGCUGUGCCGCUGUUGGCCGCAUUGUUGGUGCAGCUCGUGGCCAUCAUCUACGCCAUUUUGGUUCUUCCCAGGACGGCGGCACAUUUCGAAAUCGUCACACCACCGUUGGUCAUCAUUUUCGCCAUGGUGUUCAUCUCCGUCGCGGAGAGCCUCACCGGGGUUUUGCCGGCGUUUGUCACUCUAAACAGCAAGCGGUACAACGACAGCACUAGCCUGCGCAAAUCUACGGCCAUCAUUAUCGUCCUGCUACUGGGCGUUUCGAACGUGAGCGACAUGCUGGCGGCCUCCCACAGGACACCGUUCGGCCUCAACAUCACGAACGUCUCGUUUGCCUCGAGCGAGAUGGAACCGUCGAGCGUGUGUCUGUUUCCAUCGUACUUCAGUAACUAUACCGUUUUAAUUCUAAUUGCCACCUCAAUCAUAACGCAAUUAUCGCAUCUCAGCAAAAUUUUAUUAAUGAUCAUCAUAACCGCGUCCCACUGCUACGUGAACAUUUUCCACCUGGAGGAGGCGUUCCGGAACGAGGACUCUGGCAUUCUCAACGCAUUUCCGCUACGCUACACACUGUCCGCCCUGCUGGUGUCCGUCACGAUAGCACUGUCCUUCCUGGCUAGACACAUCGAUAAGGUGGACCGGGUGAUAUUCAUGUGGAAGACCGAGGUGAUCGACCAGAAGGAGAAGGCGAGUGAUAUGCGGCGCCGAAACGAGGCCCUCGUGUACAACGUCCUGCCGAUGCACGUGGCCGAACACUUCAUGGGCAACCGGAAGCGCUCGCACGACGAGCUGUACUCACAGAGUUACGCCGAGGUUGGCGUCCUGUUUGCCAGCAUGCCCAACUUUUCCGACUUCUACUCGGAGGAGACGGUCAACAAUCAGGGGCUGGAGUGUUUGCGCUUUCUCAAUGAGGUUAUUUCCGACUUCGAUGCGCUGCUGGAGUUACCGCAGUUCCAAGACAUCAUCAAAAUUAAGACGAUCGGUUCCACAUACAUGGCUGCGAGUGGCCUAAACCCGUCCCGUAUGGUCAAACCCGAUGAUCCGGUAUCGGUGCGAUGGGCGCAUCUGGCCCUGCUGGUGGAGUUCGCACUCGAGCUGAAGAAAGCCCUACAAGGCAUCAACGAACAGUCCUUCAACCACUUCGUCCUGAAGAUGGGCGUCAACCAUGGGCCAAUAACGGCCGGUGUGAUUGGGGCUCGCAAGCCUCACUACGACAUCUGGGGCAAUACGGUGAACGUAGCGUCUCGCAUGGAAAGCACAGGCAAAGCCGGGGCUAUCCAGGUGACCGAGGAAACGUGCCAGAUCCUGCAAACCUUCGGUUACACCUUCGAACAGCGUGGUCUGGUGGCGGUUAAGGGCAAGGGCCAGCUCAUGACAUACUAUCUGCAGGGUAAGGUGCCACGACCGGCUGCACCAACUGCUUCACCGAUCCUGCAAAACCUCACCGCUAUGGAGACGGUCCAGGAGGUUGAUGAAUCCAAGGAAAGCCCACCAGCUCUAGCCCCUCCACCCACCGAGAGUGUCACCUCACCAGCCCACCAGCUGCAUUCAGUGUCCUCUAGCACAACCAGCCCGAACAGCGUGCGGCUCAACCAGGAAUACGUUGAGAUGAAAGUAAGCGGUGCGACAUCCUCCAGCACGACGAGCACGGUUCAGGAGAUCCAAAGGCACCAGGAGCAGAAAGUUACGCAGCAAGCCAGCAGCACCCUGACGGUUGUGUCAGAGAAAACCACGACCGGCAGUAUCUCCAACACGAGCAGCAGUUCGACCAUCGAAACCACCGUCAGUAAAACGGCUCAAUCUAGCGUGCGAUCGUCAAGUCUCUUUAAUGGCAGCGAACCAGCACCAACGGACGAAAGUGACGUCCAAACGCCACUGUUGGAGGGCAAAAAUAGCACCAACGCCAACUCAAACCACUUCGGGGAGGGCGAAAAAGAUGCCCUGUUGGAAAAUGGCUCCUAA